GUUAUAGUUUUUGUUUUAAAGUCUAUUUUGUCCAGUAUAAGUCUUGCUACUCUUUCUUUUGACUCCUUUGUAUGAUGAAUGUUUCUUCAUCUCUGCACUUUCAAUCUUCAGGUGUCUUUCGGUCUCAAAUGAGUCUCUUGUAGGCAGCAUUUGGGGGGGGGGUAUCUUGUUUCUUUAAUCUACUCUUUUACCCCGUGUCUUUUGAUUGGAACAGUUAGUCCAUUUGCAUUCAAAGUAACUAUUGAUAGAUAUGUAUUUAUUGCCAUUUUUUAAUUAUUUUAUGGUUUCUCUAGAUUUCCUAGAUCCUUUAUUCUCCUCUCUUCCAUGGUUUGCUGACUUUCUUUAGUGAUGUACUUGGAUUCCUUUCUCUUUAUCUUUUGCAUAUCUAUUACUAGUUCUUUACCAUCUGGAUUGUUUUCUGUUUUCUACUCCAUUGGUUUUCACUUUAGUUUUUAAUACUCUUUCUUCUGUUUACUUUGGGCUUAAUCUGCUUUACUUUAGUUUUUAAGGUUUUUCACAUGUUUUCCCCCUAAUAUUGCAGUUUUUUUGGUGUAAGUUUUCCUCUAAAUUGUGCUUUAGAGGUAUCCCACAAAUCCUGAUAGGUUGUGUUUUCAUUUUAUUUGUGUUGAGUGCUCUAUAAAUGUUAAUUAGAUCCAUGAGGACUUAUGGCUCCAAAGUUCCCUGGGGAUAAUUUCCAUCCCAGUCAAGCCUAAAGGGAGAAAGAACAUGGAGAGGGGUUCUCAAGAGGUUUUUAUGACAUCACUUCCAUUCAAAUUCCAUUGGUUAGAACUCUGUCAUAUGGCUUCACCUAAUGGUAUGGGAAGCUGGGACAUGUAGUCUAGCUUUUGCCUGGGAAGAAGAGGAAAAUGUAUUUGGACAAACAACGAGCAAUCUCUUUCUAUUUUUUGGAAGAGCUUGUAUAAGAUAAGAAAUACUUGCAUCAUGGGUUUUUUUAACCACUUAACUUAUUUUCUGGCUGCUGGUGCUGUUACUUUGGGAAUUGGUUUCUUUGCUUUGGCAUCAGCUUUGUGGUUUCUGAUUUGCAAACGAAGAGAAAUAUUUCAAAAUUCCAAAUUUAAAGCAACUGAUGAGAGAUGCAGGCAAAGAUCAUCAAAGGCAAAUAUUAAAGCUCAUUCUCAAUGUGUCUUUAUUUCUCGAAAUUUUCACACUGGAGGAUUCCAAUUACAGGAGGAACAAAGAAAAAAGGAAACAGCACGUAUAAAAGCGAUUAAAGAUCACACUAAAGAUGAAUUCUGCUUUGCAACAAAAAAGGUCAUUUGUGACCCCUCAGAGACUAGCUCGGCAACACAUCCCAGCAGUGUUACCUUAAGUUUAUCAACACUACCAUCUGAUUCUUAUUACAGCCAAAGUAUAGAAGCAGCUGAUGACUGGUUUUCUGAUGAUACUCUAGCAAAAAAGAGCUCUACAAUGCCUUUUCUCAGGGAACCUCUAAUGGAAAAAGUAUUUUCAUACCUGUCAACAAUUUCAUUAGAAGACUGUACUGAAAAUGAACUGAAUAUGACACUUUAUGAUGAUCAGAAAGAUGACAGCAUUAAGGAAAUAUUUUCACGAAGACAUACAGAGGUUGAAAUACAAAACCUUCAACACAAUAUUGAAUGACUUUUUUCUUUUGAAACUUUGUUACACUGAAAUCAUGGAAAGUUAAAACUAAAUUACCAGCUUCUGAGUUUCUUAACAUGCUCAUACUAUUACUUUUCUUGUCCUUUACCGUUGAGUGGUCCUACUUCCCUCACCAAUUCUUAUUUCUAGAAACAAAAUUAUAGGAAGAAUAGAGUGACAUCAUGAACAUUAAGCUUAACUCCUUGUAUCUCAUCAAAGGACAUAAUAUAUAACAUGAAUGUACUUCAACAUACAAGAGAAAUACUUUAAGAAAUCUUCAGCACAAAUAGAUUUUGGAAUAAAACAUUCAUAGCAUUUCCUUAUA